AAAUAUAUUCACAUCAAUGCCACCGAAAUUAUGGGACCGCCACACGAAGAUAAAAGCUUUGGAAAAAAAAAAUGAAAGAGAAAAAAGUGAGGAAAGCAAAAGAGUCCCCUCCAUGCAAUUUCAGCACCAAGAAGCAUGCAUUAAAGAAAAGAAUUUAAAAUCUCAAGUCUCAUUAUUAUGGUUUGUGAAUCCUUUUGUCGAAGAUCUUUCUCAUGAGGAUUUCAGUUAA